ACUGCAUUCUCGAGCACCAAAACGAACGGACAGAGCAAAUUAGUCAUUCCUUCAUCGUUCCGAUCGCCGCGUAGUUUAUUAAAAUAAUCACGGUGUAAUCAAAACCACAACAGGAAACAAGAUAAGCAUUUUAAGGCCGGUCUACUAAAACGCACAACAUAACAAAAUGUCCAACCCAGAAGCAGGAAACUCCAAUGGUUUUCCUAAAUUACCACCUCCGCCAACGGACAGCACGCAGCCGUCGUCGGGUGCCACCGCCAACAACAAUGCGAGCAACAAUCGGCUGAAGCAAACGCAGGCCCAGGUGGACGAGGUCGUCGGGAUAAUGCGCGUCAACGUCGAGAAGGUGCUCGAGCGGGACCAGAAGCUCUCGGAGCUGGACCAACGGGCCGAUGCGCUGCAGCACGGGGCGUCACAGUUCGAGCAACAGGCCGGCAAGCUGAAGAGAAAACAGUGGUGGGCCAACAUGAAGAUGAUGAUCAUCAUGGGGGUCAUCGGAGUUGUACUACUAAUAAUCAUCAUUCUUUCCAUCAUUUAUUAAAAACAUAUAACAUUAUAACAAAAACGCACACCGUGCCCCGUGUGUGAUUGUUCCAAUUCAAAGGUUUAUUACUUUUCGAUGCUUUUAUACGUUUUGAACGUGCGCGCCACGUUUUGUACGCUCGACUAGAAGUUUGUGUUCCCCCCCUGGAGAGGGUCCACACAAACCAAAUGUGAACCUUCCUUCGUCCAAAAACAGCCACGAAAUAGUCGUGGCGCUGCCUUAGGGUCUCCUUGGUACUCUGUAUUGCAGUAAGAGAAGCAAUUUCACCGACUACACCCAACACGCACCGUGCAAACCCUAUUGUUUUAGAUUACUCUACGCACAUUCUAUCGUCCGUAAAGACGCGGUUCAAGUGGUUAGAACGCCAGAAAAUAGUUAAGCGACCACCGUAACCGGGGGUCCGUUUAUCCCCCCUUAGCCCUGGGUCUUCCGGAUCGUUGGUAGAGGAACACACGCAACACAAUGCCGUGUUGGCCUAAUUCACAUUAUCAAUGUUUAAAUGUUUAUGUCAUUGUUACAUCGGUGAGCGAUAGAAUAAUAAUACUUGCAAUUUAUACAACGCAACAAAACACGUCCUUAUUGAAUAUACAAUCGUUCAUUAAACAUUAGUGGCGCGUGUUGCAGGAUUGGGGGUUGGAGGCCAUGCGGUUAAGCUUCAUUGGAAUACGGAAUCCGAAAAUCGUCGACAAGCGAGGAUUAGCUUAAGGAAAGCGUUUUGUAUAUAUCUAUCCAUCGUCAUCACCAUCCAUUGUUGUGACACAUUUAUUCGUAUCAACGCGGGAAUCAUUAUUGCGCCACGGUCCCACCCGGCCCGCAUUUAUCUUCAACGAUUGUCCUAAGAGCCUAUCCACAUGACCGAUUGGAUUAGCGGGUUUUUCAUCUCCCCCACCGGGUGGUUGAUGUGUUCGUUGAUCCAUAUUUAUUACGUGCGCCUCCGCUGGCUAGGGGUGGGUUCUUGCCGCCAGCGAAGAGGUGUACCUGCUUCCCUAUGAAUACUCUAAUGGCAAAC